GCGGUUGGGCCAAUAGCAGAACAGCUGGGUUUCAUUUUAAAUCCAGGCGGUUGAGAGAGAAACGGAAGAGCUGAAGCGCAGACCCAAGAACAGAAGAAUCAUCAUCAUGCAGAAUAAAGAGAACAGGGAACCCAGAGCUCUGCAAACACAGGCUGCUGGUGAGAUGAAUUCAGACACACACACUGUUACAGGUCCUGGGAGAGUUCCAGUAAAGUCAAGCUCAAAAAAAUUCACCAUGAAAGACUUCGACAUCGGCCGUCCGCUCGGAAAGGGGAAGUUUGGGAACGUUUACCUUGCGAGAGAGCGGAAGCUGAAGACCAUCGUGGCUCUGAAGGUUCUGUUCAAAUCUCAGAUGGAGAAGGAAGGAGUCGAACAUCAGCUGAGGAGAGAGAUCGAGAUCCAGUCGCACCUCAGGCAUCCAAACAUCCUGCAGUUCUACAACUACUUCUACGACGACACGCGUGUGUAUCUGAUUCUGGAGUACGCGCCGCGUGGCGAGAUGUACAAAGAGCUUCAGCGCUGCGGACGCUUCGAUGAUCAGCGAACUGCCACUUACAUGGAGGAGUUGGCCGACGCUCUUAACUACUGUCACGAGAAGAAGGUGAUCCACAGAGACAUUAAACCAGAAAACCUUCUGCUGGGCUUCAGAGGAGAACUCAAGAUCGCAGAUUUCGGCUGGUCUGUCCAUGCACCUUCGCUACGACGCCGCACCAUGUGUGGCACGCUGGACUAUCUUCCUCCGGAGAUGAUCGAGGGUCACACUCACGAUGAGAAGGUGGAUCUGUGGUGCAUCGGUGUGCUGUGUUACGAGUGUCUGGUGGGAAACCCUCCGUUCGAGACGGCCAGCCACACGGAAACAUACAAGCGCAUCACUAAGGUGGAUCUGCAGUUUCCUAAAGUGGUUUCUGACGGCGCUCGUGAUCUGAUCUCUAAGCUGCUGCGUCACAGUCCGUCCAUGCGUAUGCCGCUCAAGAGCGUGAUCGAGCACCCGUGGGUCAAAGCAAACUCACGCAGAGUUCUGCCACCCGUCUACAACCCACAGGCCGUCCCAAAUCACUGAUGGGAUCUGCUCAAGGACCUGUUUGAGACAUUCAGGAAUCUGCUGGUCUGAGUUCACCAGUGGUUUGCGGUCUGUGCUGUCACCUGUGUGUGAGAAACAUUAAUUGGUUAAGAUCUUUGACCGUUAAUGAGCCUGAUGUUUGAUGUAAACAAACUCUAAGGUUGUUUUAUUGCUCUUUUACACUGUCUUGUAUAGCUGUAGUUCUCUGCUCUGUUCUUAUUCAUGUUUUUAUUGUCUUCUAUGAAUGUGUCUUGUCAAAUUAUAUUAAAAUAAGAGCUUUCAAGGA